CCUGUGUCUACCGACAGUCUACAUUGUAUCCAGAGCAACACACUGAAUGAUCCUCUGUCUGCAUUCUAUCCAGAGCAACACACUGACUGAUCCUGUGUCUGCAUUCUAUCCAGAGUGGAUGGUCCUGCUUCUGCAUUCUAUCCAUUGCAAUACACAGACCUCCUGUGCCUGGACUGUAUCCUGAGCCAUAUACAGACUGCUAACUGGCUGUAACACGGAGAGACAAUUGGAAGCAUUGUGAUCACUGCUUGCAUCCCAUAGCAGCCCUGCUGUACUCUGCCUGCACUCAGUGUGGAGAGAUUGCGGACUGCAUCCAAGGCUGUGGAUUGACCAGCAGCAGUGAGGCUUUGUCCUAGAGGACCUGCAGUUUGCACCCAGAGACCUGAUCUCCUGUGUGUCCUGUGACAGGGCCACCAGGGUGCAGAGGAGCCACCAUUAGAACCAUAGGCAAACUGAGAAAGCGCCGGGGACACUCCGGCAGCUCCAGCAACAAGGUGUCCAUGGCUGCCAUCAGGAAGAAGCUGGUCGUGGUGGGGGAUGGAGCUUGCGGCAAGACCUGCCUGCUCAUUGUGUUCAGCAAGGACGAGUUCCCCGAGGUGUACGUACCCACCGUGUUUGAGAACUACGUGGCGGACAUUGAGGUGGACGGGAAGCAGGUGGAGCUGGCUCUGUGGGACACAGCUGGCCAGGAAGACUAUGACCGACUCCGGCCCCUCUCCUACCCGGACACUGAUGUCAUUCUCAUGUGCUUCUCGGUGGACAGUCCAGACUCCCUGGAGAACAUCCCAGAGAAGUGGGUGCCCGAGGUCAAGCACUUCUGCCCCAAUGUGCCCAUCAUCCUGGUGGCCAACAAGAAGGACCUGAGGAAUGAUGAGCAUAUCCGCAACGAGCUGGCCCGCAUGAAGCAGGAGCCGGUUAGGGCAGAGGAUGGUAGGGCCAUGGCCUUGCGUAUCUCUGCCUAUGAGUACUUGGAGUGCUCUGCCAAGACCAAGGAUGGAGUGAGGGAGGUGUUUGAAACGGCCACCAGGGCGGCGCUGCAGAAAAGGCAUGGUACCAGCGGUGACUGUAUCAGCUGCUGCAAGCUCUUAUGAUUAAAAGUCAUCCAUGGACUUUCAUGUAUAAUGUGACCUUCACUGCCACUCCCAGUGCAGUAUUGGGGAGGCUACCCCUAGCCCAGUGUGGCUGAACUGGUUUAUUGACAUUGGGGUGACUCACUCAAACUAUGUGGAUGGUGAGGAGCCACUCUGCACCCCUUCUGUUGGCCAGAGGCUCAUGGUCUGCCUGUUAAAGGCACCAUCCUGCAUCAGACCUGACCUCAGGCAGAGACCUCAACACUUCCUUCUGCAGCUGGACAUCAAUCCAUGUAUUUGGGAGGAGGGGGUGGGGAGGAUGAAGGCUGCAUGUGACUUUGCCUGCUUGUCCCCUUCUAGGGGUACCAACCUGCCCUUAACAACACGACAUGCUGUUUUCCAGUGGCCUUCCAUGCAUUUCUGCUCAUGAUUCUGAUUGUUAUGGGGUCUCAAGUCUUUCCUAUGGGGAGGGGGGUAAAUUGAGAAAUAAAAAGGAAUUAAUCAGUGGGGUAAGUUUUAGGAAUUUGCCCUUUAGGAUAGAAUGAUAAGAAGCACUCCAUUGUCAAGGGCAAAUCCCUAGAAGAGAGCUGGGGUUGCUAUUUUUUUUUCACUGCUGCUGUUUGUGGAUUCUUUCUCCCAUGACCCCCAGCAAGCCUAAAUUGUGGCUGAGGGUCAUGGCAAAUAGCUCACAAACCUGUAGUGCCAAGGCUGCCAUUUAAAGAGGAGUGGGUUAGCAACAUUUUGUUUUCACUCCGUCAGACACUUUAUAAGAACUUGUCGUGAAUACAAUGUCUAAUAUGUAAAGAAUAAUUGUAAAAUAUUGUUAUGAAUAUGUUUGGGGCUGCUCUAAUGUACGCCUUAAUAAAGAGGAAAAAAAUAUUAUAGAACAAACUGUUUGUCUUUGCAGCUAAAGUUUUCAUAUUUUCUUUUUAACUUUUUUUUUUUUUUUUUUAGUUGCGUUUUCAUUUGAAAACUGAUUUUAUUUAUUUAUUUUUUUGCACAUCUUUCUCUUAUGAUUCUUAGGGGCAUGUUUACCAAGGCAAAACUGGAGCAAUUAUAGGGGGAAAACAUCUAAUCGGGAGCAAUUGCCAUGGGAACUGGUAAAAUAUUUCUGUCAGUGGCUUCAAAUCAGUUUGCCCCAAAACUGCUCCAGUUGUGUCUUAACAAAUUACCCAUAAUGCACUUGACAUCAGCAUUCAUCACUGUGACAUUACUUUGUGAGCUCAUGUGCCUAUUUUUAUUUAAUUUUAUUUUUCUUAUGUUUGGGCUUUACAGAGAAACCACUGUUUUUUUUGUUUGUUUAGUUUUUUUCUCUCUUUAAGAAAGCACUGAUGAAUGUUACAUUGUGGUAUCUUCAGUGUACAAUGACAGCACACUACCUUUGUUAUGUAUAUUUUUUUGUUACAUGCUGAAAACUGCUGCUUUUUUGUUUAAAUCUGACGUUGGUACAUUUUAUUUUAUUUUUUUCAAUCUUUUUUUUCCUCUCCUUGAAAACAAAAAAGCUGGCAAACACAUUUAAGAUGUUAAUUUGUAAAUGUUUACACACAACUCAUGAAUAUGUAUAUAAUGGAUUUUAUAUUAAAUAUUAAAAUGUUAUAUAAAUUA